UAGAAACUGCAGAUGUUCAACAGUUCGUCCUUCGCUCAGGUUUCACUCCAUAGACUCGAUUCCAGUUCCGGCAUCACCCCGAGGUGGGAUUUCUCCUUCAUGCCCUAAAUUGCGAGAAUUAUCUCCACUUCCUCCGAGCUGCGGUGUCUUCGUAAGCUGUGCUCAGGUUUCAAUCGGUUCCCGUCAAUAAGCUGUGCUCGAACCAGCUGGAGCCUCAAAUCACUCCUGCACAUGAGAAUCUCUGCCUGUAAUCUCUGCAUUAGCAGUGCAAUGUGUACCCCAACCCAGCGAAUCUCUGCCCCUAAACCAUAGCCCCUGUUCUGCAUCCUUUCCACGAAGAGAAGUGACCUCAACAGAGACCCGUGGGCAAUCGCGUUGUUCGAUUCUGUACGAACCCCAUUCACUGUUCGCGUUCUUCGUCUGGUGCCCAGUUUCCACUCCAACCGUCUUCAACCCAAUGAACCGGUGCAAGUCUCGCAACGGAAACCCCAAACGUCGCAAUAGAUGCCUCGCCGCUCAUAAGUCCAUCACCACGGGUCCCAAGACACGCUCCUACCAGCGUUACUAUUUACGCUCAACAUCCAGGUCAUCCUCUCAUAAGAUUUAUAUGGAGAAUGAGACAAUCGAUUCGACCCGGGAUGCAAGUUUAUGGGCAGAUGGAUUCGAGGUUAUACUUAUAGACAUAUUGUACGAAGAUACCCUGAUGGGUAGCCUGAGGGGAGGGAGGAUCACGAACAGUGAUCAUGUAAGGCUUGCUGAAAGGUUGUCUGCAGUAGGGCCAAGAAAAUUUAAUUCUGAUCAAGUUAAAGGCAAACUAGCUCGUCUCAAACGCAGACAACGGGAAUUUACGGAUCUUAUGAAGCAAACUGGAUUGGGGUGGGACCCAGAAAGGAAGGCACCAGUAGCUAGUGAAGAAUACUGGGCGAAUGCCCUUCGGGUUAGACCAUCAUGGAAGAAUUUCAAGACGAUGGGAUGCGCAAAGUAUGAACAACUUUGCGCAAUAUUUGGCUGUUCUGUGGCUACUGGUACAAUGCAUAGGGCUUCGACAGAUCCGGCCCCAGACAGUGACGAUGAGCACUUGCUUGAUGAAGAGAUGGGGAAUCGUGGGACACCCCUCGCAGAUCCGGCCCACCCAAGACGCAUCCAUUCACCAGCAAAUGAGCGAGACCCUUGAUGCUAUCAGACGCAGUUCCGAAGCUAGAGAGAAGGCAGCAUUGGAAUCGAUCGAGUAUAUAAGGUUGAAGAAGCGCAGUAAAGGCGACACUAGCAUGGAGUCAUCUGGGGUGUUUGAUCUCCAAAUGCAUUGUAUGAAAUUGCUUGAAGAAGUUGAACCUCCCCUACCGCCCGAGCAAUUUAACAAGGCAUUCGACCGAUUGUUGAGCACAAAAGUCCAGAGAUCGUUUGUGUCAAUCUCUGAUACUCGCAGAAGUUAGUGGGCUUGGAGUUUGAACUGAUUGGUCAUGGCGGAUGAUUAGUUUCGGUUAUGAAGGCCUAACUAUUGUUUUCUUUAUUUUAAAUUAGUUUAUUUGCGGGACGUUUCUGUUUUUUCAAUUGGUGAACAACGAUGAGGGAUUCCAUAUGCCUUUCUAUUUGAGUACGUCUAGUUUGUUAAUUAGCAUUGAACUUUAAAUUGUUUUUCCCUGCACUUUGUGGUAUUCGUCAUGAGAUGAUGA